ACAGAUACUCAUUUUACUAUAAAUACAAUAAAAUGUCAUAGACACUCUGAGAUUCAUUAGACUUACAAGUGACAUAGUGACAAUUUCAAAAAUAAUCAUGAAAUUUGCUUUAGCUUUUGUGUUGUUGAUCGGUAUUUCUUGCCAAAUUGGACGAGGAGAUUGUGCUCCAGAUACUAUAUAUAAUGAUAUAAAAGACAUAGCGAGUGAUAUGUAUGACUAUACUAAAGAUGCAUACGAUUCGUUGGUUAACGCAUUAACACCUUCGGAACCAAUAUCUGAUUAUCUACCUUCAGAACCUGAAUCAAUAAAGGACGGAAUAUCUAGCAUGGAAAAUUCCAUGGAUAAUAUGGCGUCUAAUGCUGAAGAUUCUAUAAAAAGUGGCAUGGACGAGUUAAAUCAAGCUGUGCAAAAUAUUUAAUAUCAUACUUCGAAUCGAAAAAGUAGAUAAAUAUCAAUACAUAUACAAAAGCUUUUUUUAAUAUAAUUUUCUUGCUAUUCAAAAUAUAUAAAUAUGUUUAA